AUGUUGACCAUAGAGGUAGCAUUCAUGGUGCACAAAGAAUUGGCCUACGGGCAACUCGAGGAACAAGAUGCGGAGGUCUUGAGCCGGGUGCUCUCUUUCGUUGAGGAUGCACCCGUUUGGGGGGACUCGACAUUAGUCCAUGCGGCGGCCAGGAAAGGGCACGGCAUCAACGAGGCGCUUAACAAGGAACCGUGGGCGUUGAACGAGCUCGAUUGCAAUGGAGAAUCUCCCCUUCACGUGGCCAGCAGAUUUGGAAACAAAAACGCGAUGGAAGAUUUGAUCCAGGCGAAUGCCAGUGUGAACAUGAAAGACUUCGCGGGACUCACAGCACUGAUGCUUGCAUCGUUCUACGAGCAUAUCGAUUGCGUGCGACUGCUGCUUCGGCACAGCGACAUCAAUAUCGGCCAGCGAGACAAUUAUGGACGUACAGCUCUUUUUCACGCUGCAAUGGCCUGCGACCCAGAAGUAGUUGCAGCGCUGUUGGAGGAAGGAGCCUCUCCCUCGGCUGGCGAUAACGAUGGCCAGUCGCCGCUGUACUACCUUGGGAAAUACUGUACGAACCAUGAGAGGCUUAAACAAACUCUCCGGUUGUUUCUCGCGUCGGGCAAGAUAAAUAUUGACACAGUUGAUGAUACCGGUGCGUCGCCAUUAGUGCAGGCUAUCAUCAGUAACAGAGUGGCACCCUUGCGAUGUCUUGUGGAGGCCGGAGCUUCGAUGCAACUGCUUGAUAUAGACGGCUGCAAUGUAUUGCACUUGGCAGCAAGCAGUGAUCUGGACGUCCUGCAAUAUCUUUUGAGCCUUGAUCCCACAUUGUUUCGGGGCAUUAGUCCAAACCAGCUAAACAAAUGGUUAGAUACGCCUUUGAACGAUUUCCAGGGCACUUUGUCCCCAGGCAACAUAGAUUAUAGGGAGGAAUUCUCCCACGAAGCCAGCGAGGCAGCUUUCGCCCAGCUCUUGCAAAUUGCCCAAGAUGAAAACCUGCGAUGGGAGACAAACGUUUUGGAAUCCGCAUUGACCCACGUGCGUCAAAGUCGCGUGGACGAAGCACGAUCUCAGCUUAAUUCAGUAGUUGUCCAACGGGAAAAGUGGAAGGAUGGUGAGAGCGUUCGUUAUUAUCGAGGCAUUAGCCAGCAGAUUCAAGCUGGAGAUUUCGAGGGAGUCAUCACAGCGCUUGAGGAAGAUAUUGAAGAUUUGCGUGGACAAAUUGGCUCGUCGCCGUGGCUGGAAGAUUCUGAUUCCAGCUUGUCCGACUCAAGCGACAUUGCCAGCAGUGAAGAGGAAAUCGAUCAAACAGAUGGCGACGAAGACGAUAACGACGCUUACGAAACGGCCGAAUCAGGAGACGAGGCUGAAAACGAAGACACCGGAACGGCGUUAUGA